UUCCCCUAAUGGCCCGUCUCUUCCUCCUCCUCCCCCUCCCCUAGGGCGGAUCGUCCCCCGGCCUCCCUGUAUGUGAGAGACGGGGCCGGCGCCUCGGAGGGAGCCGGGCCGCGGGAGGAGCGGAGGCUUCGGGGAGCGCUUCCUUCCCAGCGCCCGCACCGCCGUGCGCGGCAGCCCCAGCAUGGAAGCCAUCGCCAAGUACGACUUCAAAGCCACCGCCGACGACGAGCUGAGCUUCAAACGGGGGGAUAUCCUUAAGGUUUUGAAUGAAGAAUGUGAUCAGAAUUGGUACAAGGCAGAACUCAAUGGAAAAGAUGGCUUCAUUCCCAAGAACUACAUAGAAAUGAAACCACAUCCGUGGUUUUUUGGAAAGAUUCCCCGAGCGAAGGCUGAAGAGAUGUUAGGUAAACAGAGACACGAUGGUGCCUUCCUCAUCAGGGAGAGUGAGAGUGCUCCUGGGGAUUUCUCCCUCUCAGUCAAGUUUGGAAAUGACGUGCAGCACUUCAAGGUGCUUAGAGAUGGGGCUGGCAAGUAUUUCCUCUGGGUGGUGAAGUUCAAUUCUUUGAACGAGCUGGUAGAUUAUCACAGAUCCACAUCUGUCUCCAGGAACCAGCAAAUAUUUCUCCGAGACAUUGAACAGGUGCCACAGCAACCAACAUACGUUCAGGCCCUGUUUGAUUUUGAUCCCCAGGAGGAAGGAGAGCUGGGCUUCCGCCGUGGAGACUUUAUCCAAGUCCUUGACAAUUCUGACCCCAACUGGUGGAAGGGAGCCUGCCACGGACAGACGGGCAUGUUUCCACGCAACUAUGUGACCCCAGUGAACCGGAACAUCUAGAGAUAAAUAUUAGAGAUUAUUUAAAGAAACCAGAGAAACAGUAAAUACACAUACAGAGCCUAACUGCAGCCAGUGACCUAAAAAUCACACGGCGAUAAAACCUGAGUCACCUUUCACCGUGAGGUGACCCUCCUUCACUCAGUACGGAACUUGAGGGUUGGCGG